AUGGCUUCUUUUGGUGUUCGCGGUAUGAGUCAAAAUUUUGGCAUUAAAAUUUGCUGUUGUCGUGUUUGUACUUGUAUAAAUUUCGGUUUUGUUACUUCGCGAGCUGGUUUAUUAAAAGUUCUACAAUUAGGUUUGGCCUCGUUGUGUGAAGGCCUUUUGAUUAAUUACGGCGUACCGGCGGCGGAUACCAUUGGCCAAGCUUUGACUAGUUUUUUAACUACAACGGCUUAUUGUUUUACCACAACGGCAAUUUUGAUGAUUUGUUAUUGCUUUUCAGAUAAGUCGUAUGGGUUGAUACGUCAAUCGUUAUUUGAAACUCUUUUUAAUGGCGUGGCCUGCAGCAUGUACUUUAGUGCCUCCAGUUAUAUGGGUUUCGCAUGUGUGGUAUGGCUACAUCCACAAUUUUUAAUUAAACCAGGCUUCUGGGCCUAUCCAGCCAUGACAGCGGCUUAUUACAUGGGUUAUGCAGCUGGUAUUUUACAUGGCAUAGAUGCCUUUUUGGCCUUUAAACACUAUAAAGGAUUUCGCUAAAGCCCAUAACAAACAAAAACUACUAUGUUUAGGAGUUUUUAGUUGUAAAAGACCUAACUAUACUGUAAAUAUUUAUUUAAGUUUAAGUUAAAAGAAACAAAACAUAGCUUUAAAUAUGUUAGUAAAAAGAAU